GUAUGGCGCUGAUACAGUCGAAUAGUCAUAUAGUCGGUAUGGCGAUCUGAAAAGCAGACGUCGCAAUUCGCUUGGCAUUCGCACUGGGCAAGCUGAACGGUGCGAGCGUCAAGUCGCGACGGUUCCAAUUUAAUUCCGCCGACAUCUACCGACAUCUACAUCUGGUUUACUCUGUUGUUGUUCGCGUUGUUCGUUGCCUUAUUUUUUUUGUGUGUGAAAGAGCUCUCGAUCGAUCCGAUCCAAUAAGAUCCGAUCCGAUCCGAUCCGAUCGAUCCGAUCCGAUCAGCAGUGGUAAACAAAGCGAUCGCGCCAUCUGAAAAGCCAGGAGAUAGAACAGCCAUCGGAGAUGGAGGUGUACACGUCGGACAGCUCGGACACGGAUUCGCGGGAGCAGAAGACCCUGGACUUUGGGCGCAUGAGCCUGGACCUGGUCACGCUGGAGGAUCACCUGGCCUCGCCGCAGAAGGCCCUGCUCAAGUCCAGCGGCGACAUCGAGGCCAUGCUGCUCAACCACAAUCGCCUGGUGGGCCUGCCCCGCCUCCUGCUGCAGUUCGCCAACCUAAAGGUGCUCGAUCUUAGCUCCAAUGCCAUUACCACACUGCCGGAUGCCGUCUGCCAGCUGCCACUGGUCACUCUGAUCGCCAAGAACAACCUGCUGACCAACGCAUCGCUGCCAAAGUCGCUGCUCACCAAGCAGGCUCACCAUGUCACCAAUGGCUCGUCCACGUCCACCCUCAAAGAGCUCAACCUGAGCGGCAACCAGCUGACCCACUUCCCCGAACAGGUCACCGAUCUGCGCCACCUCAAGUACCUCUAUUUGGGGGGCAACAAGAUCUCCGGCAUCUCGAAGGACAUCUGGAAGAUGCAGAGUCUGCACGUUCUGUCCCUCGGUGGCAAUCUGAUCAGCGAAGUGCCCGAGGCGGUGGGCUCCCUCAACCAGCUGCAGGCUCUGGUCCUCUGCGACAACCUGAUCGAGAUCCUGCCGACGAGCAUCGCCCGACUGAAGAACCUCAAGUCGCUGCUGCUCCACAAAAACCGCCUGCGUCAUCUUCCCAAGGACAUUGUGGCACUGAAGAACCUGACGGAGCUGAGUCUGCGCGACAAUCCGCUGGUGGUGCGCUUCGUGCAGGACAUGGCCCUGAAGCCGCCCACCCUGCUGGAGCUGGCCGGCCGGAUAGUGAAGGCCAGCGGACAGCGACCCGGACCCUAUGACAUCCCCAGGACACUGGCCGAGUAUCUGAACAGCGCCAACUGCUGCGUGAAUCCCAACUGCCGGGGCGUCUUCUUCGACAACCGGGUGGAGCACAUCAAGUUCGUCGACUUCUGCGGCAAGUACCGGGUGCCGUUGCUGCAGUACCUCUGCUCCUCCAAGUGCAUCGAACCGGAGCAGCCGGCACGCGGCUCGUCCGUUCCGGCGGCGAGUGCCAGCAGCGGCUUCAUGAUGCGCAAGGUGCUGCUCGGCUAGCCGCAUUCCAGACCGGCCCGACCCGAUCCGAUCCUGGCCAGAUCAGAACAUCCGGGAGCGCGACCGAACCGGUAUCAAAUUUGGACCGGAAACAGACACGAUAUCGAUAACGAUACCGAUAUACAUAUCGAUAUCGGAUUCGGGAAAGGAAGCGAAAACGGAAUGGGGAUUGGGAGCGGAACGGAACGGAACGGAAAAGGAAACGGCGUCGGAGUUGGAGUCAGAAACGGAAAUGGCGAAAGCGAAAGCGGAAGUGAACGUGGCGGAUCCACGCGUUCCGAGGAGCCGAGGAGUCCGGCAGCCACGGGAAUGCUCGCCGGGAUUCCGGGAUUAUCUCCAUUGACUUCACACGUUAUCAAAUCCAUUUUUGAUCUAGUUUGCUAAGUGAUUACGACCUGUUUGUUUGCUCGCUCGCUUUGCGUGCCAUUUUCUCUGUUUCUGUUUGUUUGUUUGCUUGUUUGCUUGUUGUUAUCCACACUUACACAAUCUAUACCAAAGAAA